GUUUGCGGGAGGUAAAUGAGCUGAAUGAAAUAGACUAUUUUUGCUUUACAAAGCUCGUAAGACUUUUUCAGCCUUCAGGUACGAGAUCAUAUAGACGUUAUUUGAGUUCUGUUUUGUUUGCAAGGGUGCGGAAACAAGGUUGGCAAAAGGCAGUAAAACACAAGUGAUCAUUAUGGCAUACGAGGGAUACACCACAUUUAAAGUAAAUGUGAACGAAGGCGUUGCUUGGGUGACGUUUGAUUUCCCACCUGUCAAUGUGCAAGGGAUGCCCAUGUUGAAAGAUCUGGAUAGUCUAUCAUCGGAACUCGAAAAAGACGGCAGCGUCAAGGUUGUAGUCUUCCAAUCUGCACAUCCAGAUAUAUUUGUAUGUCAUGCAGAUAUUGAUAUGCUGUGUGAUCUUAAAGCUGAGGAAGUGAAGAAAGACAAAGAAUCAUUGCUUUACUUACAGAAAGUCUUACAUCGUGUUUCUACUUUACCACAAGCAACCAUAGCGAAAGUUGAAGGUAUGGCUCGAGGUGGAGGUCACGAGUUUAUGUUAGCAUGUGAUAUGAGGUUUGCCGCGCGUGGGAAAGCUGUCUUUAUGCAAAUGGAAGUAGGCAUGGGUAUUGUACCUUGUGGUGGUGGAACCCAAAGAUUGGCUCGUCAAGUGGGGUUAGGAAGAGCUUUGGAAAUAGUAUUGGGUGCGCAUGACUUCGAUGCUGACAUUGCAGAAAAGUAUGGAACAAUUAAUCGAGCUUUGAAUGCAGACGAGAUUGGUCCUUUUGUCGAAGAGUUAGCAAACCGAAUUGCAAAGUUUCCAGCUGCAUCAAUCACUGCAUGCAAGCGGUGUGUUUACGCAGCAGUCGACACAACUAUAGAGGAAGGUCUCGUUGAGGAGGUGUACCAAUUGGGACAAGCUUUAGCACGUACUCCUGCGACGAAACGAUUUGCGUAUGGCAAAGAGCAGGGAAUACAAAAUGACCUAGAAACCCAAAAAAAUUGGGACAAAGGGGUUAUGGAUAUUCAAGGUAUUCAAUAAUUGCGCGGUUUUAAUAUCACAACUAUUUGAUAUAUAUCUGCUGGAUAAGUUGCAUACUACACGCAUAAGCAUGUACAAAUUAUCAUUCCAUGUUCACACACACUUUAGUAUACCUUCAAAAAAAAUAAAUGAAUAAUACUCCGUGUUCUAACUUGUUUUAAACUUCUUGGCGCAAGUACUGAGCUGCAGUUAGGUAGAUGGCGAUUUUCCAUUACUAAUGGUAACAAAUUGAUUUGAAAACCAUCUUGUUUCUUUCUACUCCACAGACUUUACAUUGAUGAUCUUGUAUACAACUGAAUUAUCGAAAACAGUGAGGUUUUUUUAACUUGUGUAGAAAUAGGAAUUUCUGCAGUAGAAACCACUUCUUUAAAAGAGUCCUUGAUAUGACACAAGUUUGCCAAUUCUGAUUGAUUUGAUGUUAAUUUUUCUUAAACUAACAUCUUUAGUCUUUAGUCGGAAGUAUUUUCACAGAUUAUUAAUACUUUUUGAAUUGGAAGAGAAAUUUGCCACAGUCCACCUCGAUUUAAAUGAGAAAUCAAAUUAUUUCUUUCUUCCCCCUUACUUGCUGCCAUAAGUGCUAUUGCUUGUUGGUAUUCCAGACUCUUCCAAUUUUUUGAACUUUUUAAAUUUCUGCGAAGUUUGUGUAAAAUAUAUCCCCAAUGUACUGGAGUCCUCCUAUUUCCUAUAUAAACACCGUUUGAAAAUCCUUUAAAGUUUUCCGAUCUUCCAAACCAGUGUCUUUUUCUAAUAACUAUGGUAAGAUGUAAUAUGUUAAUCUACUUUAAUUUUUCCUCCUAGCCAGAUAUUAUAGGUAGGAUGUUAUAGUUAGCCUAUGCACACUGAAAUGAUGAGCUGUCCAGCUAUGUAUAUAUUUUUGUCCCAUUCCCUUGCUUAUAUCCUUUUACUUUUGCA